GUACUAGUUUCCUACCUGCCUUCUUGAUACAUCUUCUCCCAAAACCAAGAACGCGUCGAAAAUGGCCUCUGCCAACGCUCUUUCAUCUUCUAUUCUUUGCACUACCAAACAGGGGAGUUUGAGGAGGGGAAAUCAUCGGCAGAACCAAAGGCUGAACUGCAGGCAAGGAAAUGGUCGAUUUGGUGUGAAGGCUUGUGCAAAGGAAAUUGCAUUUGACCAGAGCUCAAGGGCUGCUAUGCAAGCUGGCAUUGAUAAGCUUGCUGAUGCUGUUGGCCUUACUCUUGGUCCUAGGGGGAGGAAUGUUGUCUUGGAUGAAUAUGGAAGUCCAAAGGUAGUUAGUGAUGGAUUGACUAUAGCCCGAGCAAUUGAGCUUCCUAAUGCCAUGGAAAAUGCUGGUGCAGCUCUUAUCAGAGAGGUUGCUAGUAAAACUAAUGACUCUGCUGGUGAUGGAACAACUACGGCAUCUGUACUUGCACGUGAAAUAAUCAAACUAGGACUUCUCAGUGUUACCUCUGGUGCAAAUCCUGUCUCGGUAAAGAGGGGUAUUGAUAAAACAGUUCAAGGGUUGGUGGGAGAGCUGGAAAAGAAGGCCAGGCCUGUUAAAGGUCGUGAUGAUAUCAAAGCUGUGGCUUCCGUAUCUUCUGGAAAUGAUGACCUUAUCGGAACAAUGAUUGCUGAUGCAAUUGACAAAGUCGGGCCUGAUGGUGUUUUGUCCAUUGAGUCAUCAUCCUCAUUUGAGACCACAGUUGAUGUUGAGGAAGGAAUGGAGAUUGACCGAGGUUACGUCUCUCCACAAUUUGUAACAAAUCCCGAGAAAUUGAUUUGUGAAUUUGAGACUGCAAGAGUGUUGGUAACUGAUCAAAAGAUUUCAGCUAUAAAGGACAUCAUUCCCCUGUUGGAGAAAACCACUCAAUUAAGAUCUCCUUUGCUAAUAAUUGCUGAGGAUGUCACUGGAGAGGCUCUGGCCACACUUGUGGUGAACAAGCUGCGGGGUAUACUUAAUGUUGCAGCCAUCAAAGCUCCUGGUUUUGGUGAAAGGAGAAAAGCUAUCCUUCAUGAUAUUGCCAUUUUGACUGGUGCCGAGUACCAAGCUACUGAUUUGGGUUUGCUCGUUGAGAAUACUUCUGUCGAGCAGCUUGGCAUAGCCAGAAAGGUGAUCAUCACCAAGGAUUCAACUCAACUCAUUGCUGAGGCAGCCUCUAAGGAUGAGAUACAAGCUAGGGUGGCACAACUAAAGAAGGAGCUAGCUGAGACAGAUUCUGUCUAUGAUUCGGAAAAAUUAGCAGAAAGGAUUGCCAAACUAUCUGGUGGUGUUGCAGUAAUUAAAGUGGGGGCUGCAACAGAGACUGAACUUGAAGAUCGUAAGCUACGAAUUGAAGAUGCCAAGAAUGCUACAUUUGCUGCCAUAGAGGAAGGUAUUGUGCCUGGUGGUGGUUCUACAUUAGUUCAUCUCUCAAGUUGUGUUCCAGCAAUUAAGGAGAAGCUUGAAGAUGCAGAUGAGCGCAUAGGAGCUGACAUUGUGCAGAAGGCUCUGGUUGCACCAGCGUCGUUGAUAGCUCAAAAUGCAGGAAUGGAAGGUGAGGUAGUGGUGGAGAAAGUGAGGAAUAGUGAAUGGGAGGUUGGUUACAAUGCAAUGACAGACAAGUAUGAGAACUUGCUGGAGGCGGGUGUAAUUGACCCAGCAAAGGUUACAAGAUGUGCUCUACAGAAUGCAUCUUCAGUUGCCGGAAUGGUCCUUACCACUCAAGCCAUUGUUGUUGAGAAGCCCAAGCCAAAGACUCCGGCAGCUGCCCCUCCUCAAGGUCAUAUGGUAUAAUCUGUUGACGCUUAAUAGGUUUUUCUAGAACCGUGAAUCACCAAUAAAAUGCCAGAUGAAUAGAGACGUUCCUCAUUUGAUAUUUGUUUUUCUAUUGUAUGUGCUAGAGAAUAAUAUAUAUUAGAAUUGCGAAAAUAUAUUCUUAAAUAUGCAAUUCAGUGGCAUGCUUUGAUUUUA